AUGUUCUCCUUCAACGUUCUCACCUCCGCUGCAUUCGUCUUCGCCGCCCUCGCCGGCGUCCAGGCUGAGUCGCACACGAUCACCUUCACGAACAACUGCGGCUUUGGCACGCCCACCCUCCGCAGCCAGAGCGGUCAGACUCUCUCGACCGGCGGUGCUUAUACCAGCAACGGACCUCUCGUUGGCGCCAUUGCUUACCUCCAGACUGGCUCGUGCGGUGCCAACGGAGAGAGCUGCACGCUUCUCGAGACGACGCUCGUGAACCCGACUACGGCGGGCAGCGGCUCCAGCACGGAUCUGUCGCUCAUUGCGCCGCACUCGUUCAGCGUCGCCACUGGCUUCGGCUACUACAACGGUUGCGACGGCGCCGGCGCGGACUGCACGAGCGCGUCCUGCUCCACCGCGUUCCACGUCCCCACCGACACUCAGGUCCAGGUCGCUUGCCAGGUUGACAACGUCAACCUCGCCAUCAGCUUCUGCGAUUAG